AUUUCAAAUGUCAUGUAAUUUUUUGCAGUUUAAAUGUAUGUUUUGUUUACUUAUUUUACUUUAUUUAUUAGUGUUUUCAGUUUCACUUUUGAGUUUUAAAGUAAAAUAAAAUUACACAAUGUUAGGGAAUCUUAAAGAAUUUAUAUCAGUGGUACAAGACGGCUUAACAACAAAUAAUAACUUACGACAAACAUUACAAGAGGUACAGAAAGUUAAAAACAUUUUCCGCGAUAAGCAAAAGGUAUCGCACGAGAGCAAAGUGAAUUACGGUGCUGGUGGCGCAUUGCUAGAGCAAUACCAAGAGAACUGGCGCGAGAUACACGGGAACGCGGAAGACAAUGCCAAAGCAGCUGAGGAAGUCGACAAAUCGAUUACAGAACUGUACGAAAUCACCAAUAAACGGUUGCAAAGUGCCGCAGAGUUGGCACAGAAUUUGUCACACUUACCAAACUUGACCGUCGCCGUAGCACAGUGUGUGGACAGUAUAAAGAACGUACAGACACUUCUGAAUGAUGUAGAAAAUGAGUUGGUUGAGUUCGAAGACAUAGUGGAGAGGAGUAACAUGGAAAAGUGGAAAAUGGAUCAUCAUUAUCAGUUGACGUUGUAUAAAGAAAAGAAAAUGGCUGCUUUAGAAGAGACCAGAAAUCAGCUAUUCAAAGAGAAUGUGGAAAAGAACAAUGUGAUGGAAAGGCGGCAGCUUGCAGAGUUACAAGCUAAGAGGGAGACCAGUGCAGCUGCUUUCCAGCAUGAUGUGGCAAAGUACUUAGCCAGCGGGAGUGUACCAGUUGUUCCAUCAACUCCACCCAAGGUGUCCCUGGAACAAAUACAGCUGGAAAAUGACAACACAGACUUGGAAAAGUUCCUGGAGAGUUGAUCAAGGAGUAAUAGCCGAAGAGACUUACAACUUAGUGGUGAUACAAGCAGAGCUUCUAUUAUUUUAUAUAGUAUGUAUAAGACAAGAUGUUAUAUUAUUUUUGAAGUUGGUUAUUAAAUAAAGUUGAUUGUA